UAUUUGCUGUGGGACUCUCCUCCUCUCUCCCUCCAUGCGUCAAAUUCUCUAUCCAUGGUGUUCAAGCUCUCUAUUCCUCAGUUGUCCUUCAGGAUGGGUUUCUUCAGAUUUCUUUGCUCUGUUAAGAACGAUCUUAUCCUCUUUUUAACUCCAUGUGUUCUCCUUCCGCUGCCUUUGGUGAUCGGAACUUCGGAGGCAGAAUGUGCCUAUGUGAUCAUCUUGAUGGCGGUGUACUGGUGCACAGAGGUACUGCCACUUGCUGUGACAUCCCUUCUCCCAGCUGUCCUUUUUCCAUUAUUUGGCAUUAUGCAGUCUAAAGAUGUGGGUAUGCAGUACUUGAAGGACACAAACUUGUUAUUUGUGGGAGGACUGCUGGUUGCUGUGGCUGUGGAGCACUGGAAUUUGCACAAACGCAUAGCUCUAAGGGUGCUGCUUCUUGUUGGUGUACGUCCAGCACUGUUGAUGCUGGGUUUCAUGGGAGUUACAGCAUUCUUGUCAAUGUGGAUCAGUAACACAGCUACCACAGCGAUGAUGGUGCCUAUUGUCCAAGCAGUGUUGGAUCAGCUCAACAACAGUGAAAAAGACGUGCCACACAUCCUGAGCUCAGAUGAACACGUCCAGACAUCAGAGACUGACAACAAACCACCUGUACAGACAGAAAAAGAGAAUGACAGACAUGGCCCAGUGGUGGUGACUUUCUUAGAUGCCUCAGUAGAGGUUGCCAGGCAUAAGGAGGCAAUGGAGAGGCGGAGAAUAGGGAAAGGGAUGACCUUGUGUGUUUGUUAUGCUGCCAGCAUCGGAGGCACCGCCACACUGACAGGAACUGGUCCCAAUCUGGUGCUUAAGGGACAAAUGAACCAACUGUUUCCCGAAAAUGAAGAUGUAAUUAACUUUGCCUCCUGGUUUGGAUUUGCAUUCCCAAACAUGAUACUCAUGUUGACAUUAGCCUGGCUCUGGCUGCAGUUUGUCUUCAUGGGAUUCAAUUUCAGGAAAACAUGGGGCUGUGGGGCAACCAAGACAGAAAAGGAUAUUGCCGCUUAUAACGUGAUCCAUGAGCAAUAUCGUCAGCUGGGGCCCAUGAGUUUCGGAGAGAUAAGUGUCAUGAGUCUCUUUGUUUUGCUGGUGAUCCUUUGGUUCUCAAGAGAUCCAGGGUUUGUUCACGGCUGGGCUUCAGGUCUCAACUCCAAAGCAGAAUAUGUAACAGAUGCCACAGUCGCGAUCUUUGUGGCCAUUCUGCUCUUUGUCCUACCCUCUGAACUACCACGAUUCUGUUCAUGUAGAACUCAAAGUUUUGACACAACAACGCAACAGUCCUCUGGCUCAACACCACGACUCCUCACUUGGAAAGUUGCCCAAAAGAAGUUGCCAUGGGGCAUUGUGCUUCUCCUUGGGGGUGGGUUUGCCCUCGCUAAGGGGAGUGAAGUAUCAGGACUCUCAAAGUGGAUAGGAGACCAAAUGACUCCCCUGCAGAACAUCCCUCCUUGGGGAAUUGCUAUCAUAAUAUGCCUACUAAUUGGUACUUUCACAGAGUGCACCAGUAAUGUGGCGACUGCAACGCUGUUCCUACCUGUCUUAGCCUCAAUGUCUCAGUCCAUUGGAAUCAAUCCGCUGUACGUCAUGGUGCCCUGUACUCUGAGUGCCUCAUUUGCCUUCAUGCUGCCCGUUGCCACCCCUCCUAAUGCCAUAGUGUUCUCAUAUGGACACCUCAAGGUUGCUGACAUGGCCAAGACUGGAAUAGUUAUGAACAUCAUUGGCAUCAUUAGCAUUACGCUGGCCAUCAACACCUGGGGCAAAGCAAUGUUUCACCUGGACACUUUCCCUGCCUGGGCCAACAUCACGGGCGUCUGAACGACCUUUGUAGUCAGACAUGAUCUAUGCACACCCUGCCCACCCCAUCCUCAGGUGACAAACACCUGAAGCCAGAGUGAAAGCACGGGACCAAACAGUGAGCAUCAUGUGUUAUGUUGCUGUCUGGAUUUUGUUAUGAGUGUCAAGAGUGACAGAAACUUGAGGUGAAUUUAACUAGGUAAGAGUGGAUAACAUACAGCAAUAUUUCUGCAUCAUACUGAAAUUAUACUUCAAUGAAGGCCCCUGAUGCCUUAAAUUACAUAGCAGAAACCAAAUGAUGUCUAUUAACUCUAAACCUUAUAUCAUAAAUAAAUGAAAUGAUAUAUUAUUUAUCUAAGCACCUAAUUCUGGUGGUAUUAUUUGAAAAAACUCUUAUUUUGUAAAAUGAAUUCAGAAAGGUUUUUUUUACAGUUUUGUUUUAUUUUGCAUAAAUGUAGCCAAAUGUUUUUAGAAAGUUUUUUUACAUGCAGUAUAUGCAUGGUCUUGCAAACGUAUUAAUACAGCUUGAGCCUUUUCACAUUUUAUCACAUAACCACAAAUGUGUUCAACCUGAUUUUUUUUGCAUUAGAUCAAAACAAGUAUCCAAUAGUGUUAAAGUGGCAGAAAAAUAAUACAUCUUUUGUUAUAGUGUAUUGUGCAUGUGUAUUCUAACCUGUCUGCAGUGUCCCUCGGUCUUUAUGAAGCUGUUUGUUCUAUAACAAACUUCUGAACAGCUUUGCUUAUAAUCAGAAUAAAUUAUGCACAGAUGGGCACUAUUUUUUAAUCAGUUGACUUUUAAGUGCAGUUUGUUCUGCUGAUUUUCAUUUUGAUAUUUUAUUUUUACUUUUACGAUUCUUAUUUGUGAAAGCUUUUCAAAACAAUGUAUAAUUUUCCCUCCAUUUUACAGUUAUGCUCUACUUUGUGUUGGUCUAUCACAGAGUAUCCCAACAAAAUAUAGUAGCUACAAUGCAAUGUGUGGUUGUAAUAUGACAAAAUGUGUAAUAGUCAAAGGGGUAAUAAUACUGUUGCAAGGCACUGUAAUUUAUUCUCAAGGAUGUAUAGUAUAUUUAAUGCAUCUUUUGCUUGAUUUCAAUAUAGCAAAUGUUUUUUUUUAUUUUUAUUAAAUGUCAAACAACCUUAUUCUGCUUUCUCUUCUCAAGGGAAAUGUAUACUGAAAGUCUCUGCAAAAUAGUAAUGAUCCUGUUAGUAAGGUGGUAUAAAUGCAACCAAAUGUAACAGUAAAAUUUUGCUUUUAAAAUGUAAAUACAUUUCAGAUAAUAUUAAAGACAAAUCAGCUUGUUA